AUGCAAAAGAAGGUCGCCCUCAUCACCGGCGGAGCAUCUGGCAUGGGCCUGGGAGUGGCAGAGGCUCUCUCAUCCCACCCUACUGUCGAUUGGGACGUUCACCUCUUCGAUUUGAAUAAAGAAGCUGGCCAAAAAGCAUCGUCCGAGUUGAAGAACGCACAUUUCCACGAGACCAGCGUCACAGACUAUGACUCCCUGGUAUCGGCCUUUGGGGCAAUAUGGAAUACUCAUCAGCGCAUCGACUUCGUCUUUGCGAAUGCCGGUAUCGUGGAACGCGACAACUUUUACAAAAAGCAUGACCUAGAUGGUCCUCCACCCCCUCCGCCAAACCAACUGAGCGUGGACAUCAACUUGAAAGGCGUGAUCAACACCGCACACCUUGCUCUACACUACUUCCGAAAAUCUCUGGCUAAGAAUGGGAGAGAAGGGUUAGACCCUGUACUUAUCAUGACGGCAUCCUGCGGCGGCCUCUAUCCUUCUGAGUUCUGCCCCAUGUAUAGUGCCAGUAAAGCCGGCAUCGUGAACUUCAACCGCGCCAUCACGAUGGCCUACCACCACGAAGGAAUUCGUACCUUUGCAACCUGUCCUGGGACUAUCAAGACUCCCCUGUUGACGAACGAGGAAUGGAAAUCGUUUCCCGAAAGGUUCUUCACGCCACUAGAGUCACUGGUAGAAACUGUGGUAAAGCUUGUCGAUGGGGGCGACAUCAAAGACGCAAAAGGGGUAACGAAGAUAAGGGAUCAAAACUGGGGGUUGACAGUUGAGGUGAAUGGGAGAAACUUCUAUUUCAGAGAUGCUCCUGAGUUUUGCGAUGAGAACAUGAAGUCGAUGAUGGUGUCGACAGGUAUGGCGUCGCAGUUGGCUAGGAUUGAGGGGACUACGAGUGACUUGAAUAUGUAG